CGACGAGCCCGCUCGGCAGGGGAAGAUGCCCGCCUCGACCCUCGGGGGCGGAGGGCCUUCUCUGGGGCGCCAGCUGGUUGGGUGGACGGACGCUGCCGGGGGCGCGGAGCCCAGGAAUCUGCCGGCAGAUUCUCGAAGAAAAGGCCACGAAUGAGUGCAACACUGCUGAAGACUGGGGGCUUAUUAUGGAUAUAUGUGACAAAGUUGGAAGCACUCCUAAUGGAGCAAAAGAUUGCCUUAAAGCCAUUUUGAAGAGAGUUAAUCACAAGGUACCACAUGUUGCUCUGCAGGCACUAACUCUUUUAGGAGCCUGUGUUUCAAACUGUGGCAAGAUUUUUCACUUAGAAAUCUGCUCACGUGACUUUGCCAGUGAAGUACGUGUUAUAAUAAACAAGGGGCAUCCUAAAGUAUGUGAAAAAUUAAAAGCUUUAAUGGUAGAAUGGUCAGAAGAAUUCCAGAAAGACCCACAGUUUAGUCUGAUAUCAGCAACUAUUAAAUCUCUUAAGGAAGAAGGGAUUACAUUUCCUACAACUGGAACACAGAAUCUCUCAACUGCUGCCAAGAAUGGUACAUCGUCAAGCACAAACAAAGAGGAUGAAGAUAUCGCUAAAGCAAUUGAAUUAUCUUUGCAAGAACAAAAGCACCAACAAACAGAGACAAAAUCUUUAUACCCAUCUAUAGAAGUUCCACAGAACAAUCAGAAAGUUUCAAGAAAGGUGCGAGCCUUGUAUGACUUUGAAGCUGUUGAGGAUAAUGAGCUUACCUUUAAGAGUGGCGAUGUUAUUAUUGUUCUGGAUGACAGUGAUGCCAACUGGUGGAAAGGAGAAAAUCACAGAGGAGUAGGAUUGUUCCCAUCUAAUUUUGUGACCGCUAACUUAAAUGAUGAACCUGAGUCAGUAGCAGCAGCAGCCGCAGCUGAUAAAAACUCUUCUGAAGAUAUUUCAGAGGAAGUCCCGAAAGCUGAGCCUGAACCAGUUUAUAUAGAUGAGGAUAAAAUGGAUAGAGCAUUACAUUUACUACAGAGCAUAGAUCCAACAGAUCCCAAGUCUGAUUCCCCUGAUCUUCUGGAUCUAGAAGAUAUUUGUCAACAGAUGAGUCCUAUGAUAGAUGAAAAACUAGAAGAAAUUGAUAGGAAACAUUCAGAACUCUCUGAACUAAAUGUUAAAGCACUAGAGGCCUUGGAACUCUACAACAAACUAAUGAAUGAAUCUCCCGUGUAUUCUGCAUAUUCAAAGAUGCAUUCACAAGCUCACUAUCCACCUACAUCAGCUGGUAUUCCAGUGCAGCAAUAUCCUAUACAUCCUCAUGGUGGGCACUAUAUGGUUCAUGGCAUUCCCCAAGGCUACACACCAGGAGGUGAUCAAAUUGCUCCGUUGAGGUCCUUGCCUCCUACUCUAAAUUCUUCAGUAACAUCUCAGCCUGCCCAGACAGCUUUCUUAAGCUCUGGUCUAGAUUCUAUGUCCAAUCCUGCCUACAUGAACCAGAAUUCUUGCCUUCCACCAGCUAAUACAGUUUCCUAUACCCAACAAAUGGGCAUGCCUAUGGAUAUGCUAGCUUACCAGAACACUGCAACUAGUUUGCCUCAAGGAGCAUGCUACCCAGCAGUUCCAGCUCAUUCUCUUCCACAGCAACAAACAAACUACCAUCAACAGCCUCUCCUGUGAAAAUGCAGAGUCUGUUCCUGAAAACAGUCUUGGAUGUUGCUGAUCCUUGUCGUUUAAAUUGCUCUGCAUUGAUUUAAAAGGAUUCUUCUGCUCAAGGGAAAAGACAACCAAGCAAUUUCCAAGUAAAACUUAAUUCAAGUUUUCUGCAUAGCUGUUUAAACAAGGUGAGAUACUAAUGUGUGUGUUUUUUUAAAAAGGCCUUCAGAUACUGGCUUCUAUAAUGUUCUGGCUAAUCGUCUCCACAUUUACCAUGAAGCCUCUAUAAAAGUAAUCUUUCCUUGUAAUACAUUCGUAAGAGGAAUCUUUGGAAGCAAGUUUAUAUAUACAUCUCUUCCUGUUUGUUCUUUCCAGACUUUAUUAAUGUCGUUGUUCUUAUGGAACCCUUAAAUUUCAAGUGUUACCUUGAAACCCAAUUUAUUUAGCUACUUUGCUAUUCAGUUUUCACCAGAUUGCAUUUUAUGAAUGUACAAUAAAGCAGUUGUGAACCUGGGAGAAGAAAAUCUUGAAUGACAGAGGAAGUUAAUAGCAUUUGUGUUUUCUGCAAGCUUGGGUUUCUCAUUUGUAUUUUUCCGAAAACUAGUGCUGUUAUCAUGGAAUAGUUCUUGUUUCCUGUCUAAUGGAAGAUGGGGUCUAAGGAGUACAUUUUUGUGUAUGUACGUUGAAUUUGCAAACACAGGUUGUCCACAUGGAACUAGAUACUUUGCUCUGUCUUUAUUGCCUCUCUUUUACUGGGUUGCUGAAUUUGUGAGGGAAGCUUUUAACAUUGGAAAUAUCUGCUUACCAUGAUUUAUUUACAGUAAAGGUCCAUAAAUUUAUGUCUCACUCAUUUGGCUUUAAUCAGCAAAUACACACUGAGAAGUAUGGAUAUUUAAAAUAAAUGCUAUAUUAAGACAUAGCUGUAUUAUCCAAGGGUCAAAAAGAAUUUCUAUUCUGAUAGGAAACAUAGGGGAAAAAAUUCCAGAUGCUCAUUCAUUCACCCAGCUGUUUUAACAUCACCUUAACAGAUAGUUUAUCUGAUCUGCUCACUUGGGGUGGGGGAGGUUAACAAAUUAUAUAGGUAAGCAAAAGGUGAUGACUAGAUGUCUGAGCCCUCCUGCAGUGCAUGUUGUCUGUGGUAAGGUCUGCAUUUGUCCAAAUCCAGCUUGCCUGUUGUCAAGUGUCCCUUUCCCUUCCUAUACAGGUGCUAAAUAGGCUCUUCAGAAGCACGGGGGUGGUCAGAUGCAGUUUCAUUUUGGACCAACAUAGGGCUUUUCUGUUUUGUUUUCUGAAACCCACUUGUGGGCCAUCUAUCCAUGCCAGUCUACAUACAAGGAAGCUUAAGUCUGUCCUCUUAGCUUUCAAUUCCCCCUCUUUUAGUCAAGGAUGUUCUAGACUGUUUGGAAUAUAUAAGAACUUCUUUUUUUCAAAACUGAAUUCAUUUCAAAGGGUGCUCUUAAGAAACAAUUAGAUCAAGGUCAGUGUCCUAUCUGCCCCUACCCACCCACUUAAAACAUUUUAUAAGCAAAAUGAAGACUUUUGAAAAGUAUAUAGCUUCAUAUUUGUCAAUGCAGUAGGUAAUUGGAAUUUUUGAUUCAUGAUCUUUGAUACUGCAUUAAGUGGUGCCCAAUAUCUGACAAUGAUAUUUUCACUGUACUUUGUUCUUUAUAUAUAAUAUAUAAAUAGUGUGUGAAUGUGUCUUCUUGUCUGAGAUUUUAUACACAGCUACAUAGAUACUCAUUCUUUAAAUCACUGAAAUUUUAUAUGUAGCUGCAUUUUGCCUUAGUGCUAGCUAGUUAUAAUGCACUUAUGCAGGUUGUAAAUAUGUACACAUUCUGAUGUUGAAAUUGUGGGGUGUGUGUGUGUGUGUGUGUCUCAAUGGGAUAAUCUUUCCCACUUCCCUUUAGAGAAAAGUUAUUUAUUGCUAAAGCAUGAUCAUAAUUGUGCUGCCAAAGGAACUGACUACAACUUUCAUAGCUAGGGCUCUGACUCUGUUGACGACAUCAGUGAAUUCUUAGCCAUUGAUUUGGAUGGAGUUGAGAAUGUACUGCAGGCUUAUACCUAUUUUUAUAUUAAAAGUAAACAAAUGCUUUGCUUUUCAUAUAAACUAACAGUUUAAAUAGAAAUUCCGUCAGAAACCCGCUGUAGAAAGGGUUCUAUUGUUUCAUGGGUAUUAAUAUAGGGUACAAUUUCUCUUUUGGAGGUUGCUAUCUUUAAAUUGGAUAAAGCUUUCCUCAGUUUGGACAAAUAAUGUCCUUGGGCAAUAAACACCUGAUUUAGAUUUUUUUUUUUAAGGUUAACCCUUGAAAUGACUUCGAGUCUCUUAAAAAUUUCAGGAUAUGUGUUCUUUAAAAAAAAAAAGUGUGUGGUGGGGAGGAACACUUUAAAACUUGCAACAAUUUUUUUGGUGUUGAUUUGGUUCUCAUUUGUACACUUUUCAUGUUCUGCUAGUUUCUGGAAUAACCUGAUUAAAGGCUGCGAAAUGAGAGGUGGCUAUGUCAUGCUGUUACGCCCGCCCCCCAACAUCUUUCCCUUAUCAGUGCAUCAUUUCUCAAGAGAAAUGUGUCACUAUGCAGGUUUUGUUGCAAUAAACUUGAAAUAUGUAAAAGAUUUGACUGCUUUUCCCCUAGAAUUUUCUUAAUCCCUAUGUGUAGAAAGUUCACAUGAAACUGGAUUAAAUUGUGAUCUUGAGCUAAAAGAUAAAAGACAUGAUGGAAUGCCUCUUAAGGAUUUACUCUAUUCGAGAAGCUCCAACUGUGGUGCUUUCCCAGCUUCAAAGAGAAUCCUUUCCUAUAACACAUAGGAUCUGGGUAUUUUUACACAAUACUAUUUUCAAACAGCCUCCAAUGUUAACAGUUUGGAUUUUUGAAUCAUAUUAAAUAUCUAUCUAGCCUCUUGUCUAUGUUUGCGUUGAUUUGUGCAAAUAAAACUUAUUUAACAAAAA